CUAUUUCCAAAUCCUCUCAACCUCCUCAAAACACACAAAAAAAAACCCUUUUUUCUUUUAUAAACAUAUAUGUAUGCUUAGCCUAUCAUGAGCAACAUCCCCAGAUCUCUCACCGACUCAUCUCUUUCUAUAUUUCUUCUCAUUAUUUCUUCUGCUGUCGAUCCUUGGCCCUUCUCUAUCGCCGUCUUCUAACAUCAACCUCGCCGAAAAACCUCCAAAACCCGUCGCUUACUACUUCUUUUCUCAUUCUUCGAUCGUUUUACUCAAUCUUCGUGGUUCUCGAUAGGUUUUUCGGUAAGAAAGAUUCGAUCUUUUUUGAUGGGUUUUGAAGAACAAGAACAGAAACAGAGCCCAAAACAGAGCAAGCAGAUGGUGUUCAAGUUUCACUUUCACGUUCCGCAUCUCCACCUACUCCACCAUCAUAACCAUCAUCAUCAUGUUCCUAAAGGCUGUGUUGCGAUCAUGGUGGGACACGAAGGAGAUGAAGAAGGUCUACAUAGAUUCGUGGUUCCGUUGAUGUUCUUGAGUCAUCCUCUGUUUUUGGGACUCUUGAAAGAAGCUGAAGAGGAGUACGGAUUCAAACACUCCGGUCCGAUUACGAUUCCUUGCCGUGUCGACGAGUUUAAGCAUGUUCAGGAGAUUAUCGACGAGGAGACUCGUUGCCGUCACGGUCACGGUAACGGACACAGCAGCCAUAACCACCACCACAAGCUCCACAACAACCAUCUGCGAUGUUUUUGAAGAUCUGUAAUUGGAUUUGUUGGUUUGGUUUGGUUUGACAUAUAAUUGGUAUUGGUUUGAUUGGUUUGGAUUGACUAAUUCUCUUUUGGGAUUGUUAUAGUUUGCUUAAGUUUCGUUUUUUAGUUAGUGAUGAUGAUGAUGAAAAAUACAGAGAGCAAUGAAUGUGAAUGAUUCUUCUUUAUCUUUUACGAAUGUAAUCGUGAGGAAUAAGGAAUUUUCCAAUUUGUGGUUGGAACAACGUAUUAUUUGGAAUUAUUUUAAUUGAAAGGUGUGAAUAAUUUUCUUU